AAUAUCAAGGCUUUAAUGAUCAAGAGAGAAUUGGCUAAAGAUGAGGCACUGAAAAAUGAAGAUUGGAGUCGUUUCUUGCCACAGAUUAAAAAGAAACGGAUUUCUAAGAAGAAAGCAACGGUCAAAAAAGUCAAGAAAGAAUAUACACCCUUCCCACCUCCAAGACCAGAGAGCAAGAUUGACCAACAGUUAGCUUCAGGAGAAUAUUUCUUGAAAGAGUCUGAGAGAAAAUCCCGGCAGAAGACAGAAAUACAAGCUAAAACACAAAAAUCUAUCUUGAAACAAAAGGAGAAGAGGAAGCAAGCUUAUUUAGUUCCAAAAGAAGUGACUCAAAGAUCCAGUAAGGUCAAUAGUAGUUCAGAUGUCAAUGUUGAAGCUUUGAAAGCAAAAGUGAAAAAAAUUCAAAAAAAGAAAACUUAAAUCAGCAACAUUUCUCAAGUCCUAUAAAACCUGUCUGGUGGUGUGAUCUUCUUACUAGAGUACCUGAACUGUCAAUAAUGACAGAGGGUGUUCUGCUAAACUUUAUAACUACAUUUUAGUUUGUAUGUAUGAAUACUUGAUUUUACCAAUUGGAGCUAUUAUUGAAAAAUGUACAUGAUGAAUUUUGCUAAUGAGAGUAUGAGGAUGUAAAUAAAUGUACCAAGUAACAGGAAAAUAAGAAAAUUAAAAUCAUUCCCCAAAUUUU